CCCAGGCAGCAGCAGCAGCAGCAGCAGCACAGUAGCGGCAGCAAGUGCGGUGCAGUCGACCUGAGAGGAGCGGACGGACGCUGCUCCGCCGUCGUGAGGAAACACCGCACAGAUGAAGGGACCGUUGCGGAUAACUAUCACACAUUCCUGCGUUUGAGCACCGAGCCACACUCUCCUCCGUCCUCUCACCGGGAUCGCGCCGCCGCUGUGGGUCUUUCAUCAGGAGGGCUUGCCUGUUUUUCCUCCGGGAGGCUGAAUGGAGGCAGCAGCCGAGGGAGCGGUCGGGCUGUCGGAGGCCAGGGACGGGAGUCCGCUAUCCGGGGCCGCAGCAUCCGAUGAUGGUGACACGGUCGUCGGAGUUAGCUACGGGAUGGACACCGCGGACAUGGAUGCUGCUGCUAGGAAAGCCUUCAUCACAGAGAUGCCCUCAUCCUCAGGCCAGCCUGGUCAGGGAAAGAAGAUUGGCCACAGAGGGGUGGAUGCAUCAGGGGAAACUACUUACAAGAAGACCACAUCCUCAGCCUUGAAAGGUGCCAUCCAGCUGGGCAUCGGUUACACAGUGGGUAACCUGAGCUCCAAGCCUGAGAGAGAUGUGUUGAUGCAGGACUUCUACGUGGUGGAGAGCAUCUUCUUCCCCAGUGAAGGCAGCAACCUCACUCCAGCCCACCAUUUCCCAGAUUUCCGCUUUAAAACAUACGCCCCUGUGGCCUUCCGCUACUUCAGAGAACUGUUUGGCAUCAGGCCGGAUGACUACCUGUACUCCCUAUGUAACGAGCCUCUGAUCGAGCUGUCCAAUCCCGGAGCGAGUGGCUCGGUCUUCUAUCUCACAAAGGAUGAUGAGUUCAUCAUCAAGACUGUGAUGCACAAGGAGGCUGAAUUCUUACAGAAACUGCUGCCCGGAUACUACAUGAACUUGAACCAGAACCCUCGCACUUUGCUGCCCAAAUUCUUCGGCCUCUACUGUGUCCAGUCGGGCGGGAAGAACAUCCGCGUGGUGGUGAUGAACAACGUCCUUCCCCGCGUGGUUCGUAUGCACCUCAAAUAUGACCUGAAGGGCUCCACCUACAAGAGGCGAGCGUCCAAGAAGGAACGAGAGAAGGCCAGGCCCACUUUUAAAGACCUGGACUUUAUGCAAGACCUGCAGGACGGACUGAUGCUGGACCAGGACACUUACAACGCACUGGUCAAGACCCUGCAGAGAGACUGCCUGGUGCUGGAGAGCUUCAAGAUCAUGGACUACAGUUUGCUUCUCGGGGUUCACAACAUGGACCAGGCGGAGAGGGAGAGGCAGAUGGAGGGCUCCCAGGGCAGCAGUGAUGAGAAGAGGCCCGUGGCCCAGCAGAAGGCCCUGUACUCCACCGCCAUGGAGUCCAUCCAGGGAGGAGCCGCCUGCGGAGGGUCCAUCGACACUGACGACACCAUGGGCGGUAUCCCAGCUGUGAACGGAAAAGGGGAGAGACUUCUUCUCUACAUCGGAAUCAUUGACAUCCUGCAAUCCUACAGGCUAAUCAAGAAACUGGAGCACACGUGGAAGGCUCUGGUUCAUGACGGGGACACUGUAUCAGUCCACCGGCCAGGCUUCUAUGCCGACAGGUUCUUCAAGUUCAUGAGCAACACGGUGUUCAAGAAGAGCUCCUCUCUGAAGUCAUCUCCAUCCAAGAAGGGCCGUGUGUCGUUGUCGGUGCCUAAGUGUGCCGGUCCUGGUGCAGCCUGGUCUGCCAGCCAGCUGCCCUCUGAGAGAGACGAGAACAUCUACGACCUGAGAGGAGCUCGCAGCUUCCCAACGCUGGAGGACGAGGGGCGACCAGAUCUUCUUCCGUGUACUCCUCCAUCAUUUGAAGAAGCCACCACAGCGUCGAUCGCCACCACGCUCUCUUCCACCACCUCUCUGUCCAUCCCCGAGAGAUCCCCCUCUGACACGGCUGAGCACCCCCGCUACAGGAGGCACACCCAGUCUCUCAGCCAUGACGGGAGGACCCAGGAGGAGCUGCGUGUGCGUGAGGAGGAUCAGCAGACCAUCACAGUGGAGGUGGAGCUGAAGAGACACGACAGCGAGCCAACCAUCUCCAUUCCACAGCCUUCACCUGAAGCCAGUGAGGUUCAGGAAGGAGCUGGCGCCGAGGCUGCAGAUGCAGAUGUAGCUGCAGCAGCAGCACCCUCCAGCUCUUCAUCAGCACCUGAAGCAGCCUCCUCCUCCUUGUCUGCCCCAGCUGCUCCCUCUUCUCCCGGGGCAGCUGAUGAGGCCCCGUCCAGUCCCAAGGUGAUGGUGGUGGAGGCAGACAGGGUCAGCCAGGUGUCCGGCUCAGGGUGCACCAGCCAGGCUUCAGUCGACGAUGAAGAUGACGUGCCAAUCACAGAUAUCUACUUUCCUCAAGAGGACAGGACCUGGGUGUACUCUCCGCUACACUAUGGCUCAGAGUCUAAGGCCCUGCCAGAUGGGGAUUGGGAAAGAGAGACAUAAGCCCUGUUCUCUGGCAGAGAGGAGCGAACGUCUCGGUGGAGAGGACUCAUCGGUCUGAAGUCCAGACCUCAGCGGUAGCAGCAGGAUCUCUGUCUGAACCAGGAUUUUAAAACAUGCAUACAGAAACUGAACACACUGAGGGGGAAAAAGUGACUUGUGUACCUGAGAGGGGGAAAAAAUCCUGACAGUGAUGAACGUCACUGGUUUCCAACCAUCCCUGCCUUUCACCCUUGACAAAAUGAAAAUUAUAUCAAGUUAAUAAUAAUGUGUAUGUGUGACAUACAGUAGUGCGUAUACGGCUGUAGUCUUAUAUGUUUGAGAUCAUACGGUAGUAACUCUCUGUGCCUGUAAAGAAGUAUUCACUCGACUUGGAAGUAUUUGUGACCACACUAAAAUGGAAACAGACUUUUUUAAAUCUUUUCCUUCCUUGGUAUUUCCAAGUAUCUUGUUACCACUGCUGUCACAAAGACAACUGGAUUGCUGUCCGUUUUCCUCAGAGCAGCUACCACAGAUAUUUCUGAUGUCCCACUGUCCCACUAUUUCUGUUUCUGGGGAUAGUAACUGCAGAGAACGUACACUGAUCCUCUCUGGUACCUGAGGAUAGCUGCCGAGAGCCACCGGGGUAAACAAGAGCGUUAAUCUCUUCCUGUUUUGGUUGCGCAAUGGUCGAUGCACUUCCUUUGUGCAAAUCAAGCCAUCAUUUUCCCAGGAGGUCGUACCUGGUGGCAGACAGAAUAGCAUAGUUAAAUCGAAGCUUACAGGGAACUGAUCUGAACACAGAUGGUGUCAUUAUUCUCUACAUUACAGUGUGCAAUCAGCAUUUACUUCAUAAUUAUAGAUUAAAGCAAACUUGUCUGUUUCCAAUUUAAAUCCUCUUAAAAACAUGUUACCUUCCAAGUGGGGUUGAUACUUUUUUAAAGGCAUCGUCCAGUCUGUUCUAGUUCACACAGGUACGGCCCUCUGACAGGCUCAGCACACUGAAAUAUGCGUGUACUGUACUUAUCAGGAUAAGACCACCCACUGUCCUUGGUACUGACUACCCUCACCUGACAUCACGCUUUGUUUUAACAACUGAAAAAAAAUAUGGUGCAUUUGGGUCAAGAUAGGCAACACCUCUCAUGAUGUGACGCUGCUCCUUCUGCUCGGGUCUCCUUGCUGCCGGUGACGUCCUCCUGAGAGCAGGACUUUCGGCCACAUGUUGAUUUCAGUGUGCUGAGGGGGGAGUGAGCGAUGGAGUCUGUGGUGUUAGAGGUUUAGACUGUAUAAAAGAAGUGGACAUAGCCAAUGUGGCGUCACCUAUUCGUUCGUGGGCCUGUUUUAAAGCCUUGAGUUCGGCAUUUUGGCCAUCAAUGUCUUGGUUAUUUGAAGCCAGAGGUGACCAUAUUUGGACCAAGCCUAAGAACAGCGCCAGCCUUUGACCUAGUGGCCAAACAUGGAAUUACGACUUCUGGAUCUGUCACGUGACACCUUCGGGCCCAGAAAGACUUAUCUGUAGAGAUUCUCAAAGAGACGUCUGUAACUCAGUGUAACUCAUUUCACUAUCAGGAUUAGUCUAGAAAAGCCACACAUUUAAAUGACAUUAUCCCCAAUCAAGUUAGCGGAGGGUUAAACUGGCAGUUAGCGGCUCGGCUGGGGGAAGUUAGCUGCUCAGACAGACGCAGCCACUUUGAAUCUCUUGUGCAUUAAGAGCCCCACAAUGCAAAAGAUCCAUUGAAAUUAUUACAAUGGAAAUGAAUCUUUUUUGGCCACUUUCCUAGAAAUGGAUGGGGACCAGCCUCCAACACUGCAUCCAGCUCUCUUAAUACAUCCAUGAUUUGGAUGAGAGGUUGGAGCUGUGGAGGAUAUGCAUUGCUAAACAUCUAUCAUUACUGACAGGUCACCAUGGUAGCGACUUGCCAAUCAAUUUUAAUCUAAAUGGGACCAAAUUUUACGAAAUGAAAAUAUAAUUUAAAUCAUGCUGUAUUUAAGGAGGCUUGAAACUUGUAAUUGAGGCCGUAAUCUCAUUUGGAAAAUGCUUACUAUGGUAAUAAAUCAAGUGAGAAGAGAAGAGGGUAAUUUUCUCAUAGACUUCUAUAUCACUGGUUCCCAACUUGAGGGUCCCAACACCCACUAGAGGUCGCCAAAGCCUCAGAGAGGACCACAAAGCCAUCUUGAUUUUAACGUGUGUAAGAAAACUUAUAAUAAAAAAAAAAAUACAAGCCUAUAUCUCAGGAUUUCAUUUAUUUCUGUGAAGAAAACUAAGAAGAACUAUGAACUAUGAAGAAAUAGUUAUUUUUAAGUUUAGAUAAUUAUUUCGGACAUAAACUUUUAAAAAGUCUCACAGAAUAACAGAACAGAGAAUUACUGAACACGAGCUAUAUAUUUACGGAACCUUAACUCUGCAUUUAAACAAGUCAUCCUGAAUCCGAAAAGAACGCAGUUUAAAAAACAAAGAGAACAAUGGCCAAGCAACAGGGAGGAGAAAAUACUGAAUUUCUUAAAAAGAAAGACGCCUGUCAUGUUUGUGUGAUGGUUAACAUUCAAAAAAAGAUACAUAAUACAGAGCGCUGGAUAAAAGGUUGCUAAAAAAAAAUGUUUGUUACACAAGUUGAGUUCACUAUUUUGGUUAAUUGUACAGUUUAUCAGUCCCUCUGUCCUGUUGUUGUUAUGCAUUUAACAAUGUAAAAUAUUUGUAAAAUAUGCUGCCUAGUUUGGGGUCGUAGCUUGAGUCAAUGCUAGAGCAGACUCUCUUACAGAAAAAGGCUGGGAACCACCGUUUUAUACAAUUGGACCUCUUUUUGUAACCAGUGUAGUCGCCCUCUGCUGGCCAUUAGCAAGAAUGCAGCUCAAAGGCACUUCGACAUUGGCUUCACUUUCAGACACGGAGGCUACGCUCACUUCUUUUAUACCAUACAGUGUGUGGUUGGAGGGCUCUCCUUGUGAUCUUAGAACAGGAGUUACAGUGAUAACCAUUGUUCAGCCAAAACACAUCUAAACUCAUCAUCCUCACAUUUCCAGCAGCCGUGAAUACAUGCAGUUUAGUUUUUAGAGGAAGCAUCAUUUCCUUUAGUAAAUAUAUACAGUGAUUUUAUUCAUAGCAUAAUAAUUUAUAUAAAUAUAAUUUAUAUCAAACUUUUUUCUUUUUUUUUUGCAUUUUUUGUAAUUUCUGAACUCUUUUACUACUGUGAGCUUUUAUUUAUUUAGUCUGUAUUUUAUUCUAAUCUUCACUGUCUUCUGGUACUUUUUCCACUCUGAAAUGCUUAAAUGUUUCUCUUUUCUUUGACUUUGCAUCCAAAGAACUUUAAUUUUUGUUUUGAUAAUUCCAUCCUUGCAGCUUUCCUUUUUAGUUUGUCGUUUAAAGUCAGUGUUACUACUUCUUUCACUGCACCUCUUGCGUGGAAACGGCUGAGGCUUGUGACUCAAUUGCAACACUAAGGCAGCGAACAUUGUCGUAACCUUCACAUCAUUGCAGCGUCUUCCAGUGUUGCCCUACGUUUAGACAGAUGCACACAAAUCAUUUGCUACAAUAAGUGUUUUAUUUUAGCUGGGGGAAAAAAUAAUCAGCAUAUCAGUGACAGUCGCUAUAUCUCCUCACCUCCUCACAAUAAUGAAUCCAUUGACUGGACAUUUCAGAUGUUUGUAGAUGUAGAGCAUCAGUUGUAGUAUUUGCAGUCGAUAUCGUACCUGUUAUCUGUAUAUUUGAAUGAACACAGUACGUUGCAGUGUUGCCUCGGCGAGACACGGCAAGUUUGUAAAUGGGGUUGAAUGUUGUUUGCACUUCUUAAGAGGACCUGAAGAUGAACUAGUGAUAGAGGCCAAAUAAAAACAUGCAUCACGUUAUCUUUGUUUCCGCUCACACAGGCUGAUAUUUAGGCAGCGUUUCUUUUUAGGAUUAUCAAGUGUGUGUGUUGGUGAAGUCGAUCACAGUCAUCGUAGGGUUAGUGUUUACUGUAGUCUCUCUGUGGCUGACAUCUUAGGACUCUCAAAGUAAGUUCGACAAACUGAUUUUUCUUUUAACUUCACUUGGUUUCUAUGUGUGUUUGUGUGUACGGGAGGACACAUCAAUGUCGGACAUUGUAAGAUAAAAAAUCAGUUUGUUCCCAUGACGUGCAGUGGCCAGUUGUAAUCAGUUUGCUGUUGUUCAUCGGAUGGAGACUAUAGCAGCAAUAUUUUGUACAGUCUAGCUUUUAAGUUCAUUUUUAUUGCCUUAUUGAGAAAUUUUACAUGUAGGCCUAGCGUUUAUAUUUUUUUUUUUUCACUUGUGCUGUUGUAUUUAUUUUUCUUUCUCAUAGUUGUGCUCCUGAGAAUGUGUACAUAAAAUUAUAAAUACAUAUAUAAAGAUAUACAAAUAUAUUUUCCAUUUGAAUCGGAGAAUAUUAUUUUUAUUUGGUUUUAUUUUUGCUGCUGGGCAAGAAAUGAUUGCAAUCUACAUAAUUUUACUGUACCAUAUUCUUCAGUGUGUUUAUCGGGAUGCAGCUGCUGUAUAUUUAUGGUCUAUAAACCACAGCUGUCUCUUUGUAAGAUAUCCAGACGUUGAGCGAUUUGUGGGGUUUUACUGUACAUGCAAAUCAAUAGGGAUUCUUCCAACUGUUCAGCUGUGUCGUGUAUGUGUUUUCAAAUCGCUGUGUGCCCUUCAUCCAAUAGGGAGAGUCCUUUGCAGAGACAUAGCAUGAUUUCAAAAAUGAAUAUGCAUAUCAGAAAUGUGUAUUUAUGUAUAUCUGUGUAUAUUCAUCUAUUUAUACGUGAGGAUAAAUAGAUGGCUGUAUGUGUGUGUGUUUGGACUCAAUCAGAAUGAAUACAAAAUAAAGCAG